CGCGGUUUGUCUGCGCUGUUGAGGGUGACAUCAGCACUGAAUUUGGUCGUUGUUGAAUUACUUUUGGAUCAGUCGGUGACACAAACGGCCCCGGCAUGUCCGUAAACGUGUAUUCUUGUGUUGUAGAGUAGGUGGAGUGAGGAAAGUGAUUUUUCCAUUGGGAUUAUCCUUGAUUCGGAUUACACUGGUGUAUAAUAGAUAAUAUGGCCCUAGCGAGGGUGGCUAGAUAGCAGUAAAGGUUUCACUAUUAAUCAUUUUACACACACACAUAAAAGCGACGAACCUCUCAGGCGGACGCUUAAAAAUCACUACCUGGCCCCAAAGAUAAGGUUCACCCCGUGUGAUGGACCAACUGGUGACGUCGGGCGUGUCCUGGGAUAGCAUUUUUGAGGUUAUGUUUAAAUCUCGGUUGCCGGGGGUGAGUGACUGCUCGGCCGGCCAAACGGCCAGAGUUACCUCCAAUCUGCACCCCACAAGUACUAUGGCCGUGAGCCGUGUGCCCAGUCCACCGCCUCAAGAGGUCAACACUCCGGUCGCAGAAAAUUGGUGUUAUACACAGGUUAAAGUAGUCAAAUUCAGUUACAUGUGGACUAUAAACAACUUUAGUUUUUGCCGGGAAGAAAUGGGUGAAGUUUUGAAAUCCUCCACUUUUUCGGCAGGAGCCAAUGACAAAUUAAAAUGGUGUUUAAGAGUGAACCCAAAAGGAUUAGACGAGGAAAGCAAAGACUAUCUCUCGUUGUAUUUGUUAUUAGUGUCGUGCAAUAAAAGUGAAGUUAGAGCCAAAUUUAAAUUUAGUAUAUUAAAUGCAAAACGCGAGGAAACGAAAGCGAUGGAGAGCCAAAGGGCGUACAGAUUUGUCCAGGGAAAAGAUUGGGGCUUUAAGAAAUUCAUUAGGAGGGACUUCUUGUUAGACGAAGCCAAUGGACUUCUUCCAGACGACAAACUAACGAUAUUUUGUGAGGUUAGUGUCGUCGCAGAUAGUGUAAAUAUUUCAGGACAGUCGAACACGAUACAGUUUAAGGUCCCCGAGUGUCGGUUGUCUGACGAUUUAGGUCUCCUCUUCGAAAAUCAAAAGUUUAGCGACGUAACGCUGUCAGUGGCAGGGAGAGAGUUUCAGGCUCACAAAGCAAUACUUGCAGCACGAAGUCCAGUAUUCCAAGCCAUGUUCGAGCACGAAAUGGAGGAGAGGAAGCACAAUAGGGUAGACAUAACGGACGUGGACCACGAAGUAUUACGAGAGAUGCUGAGGUUUAUCUACACGGGGAAGGCGUCGAACCUGGAGAAAAUGGCUGACGACUUGUUGGCCGCCGCUGAUAAGUACGCUCUGGAGAGGCUGAAGGUGAUGUGCGAGGAGGCUCUAUGUACAAAUUUAUCGAUAGAUAACGCUGCGGAGAUCCUCAUCCUGGCUGACUUGCACAGCGCCGAUCAGCUCAAGGCGCAGGCCAUAGAUUUUAUAAACACCCAUGCCACGGACGUGAUGGACACCCCUGGCUGGAAGUCCAUGAUCCAGACGCACCCCCACCUGAUAGCAGAGGCAUUCCGCGCCCUAGCCACCCAACAGAUACCCCCCAUAGGCCCCCCCAGGAAACGCGUCAAGCAAAGCUGAAGUUUGUGAAACCAACCGAACUGAAUUGACUGCUUUAAUGUGUUCAAGAGACCCUCAAAGAGUGCUGUUUUUAGUAUGUAGGCGUCUUAACGUUUUUUUUUUUUCUUUUUGUUAUGUAACCUUACUUUGUAAUAAGUUUUGUUAUGGUGCAGUGAGUCUGGACUUCUAACUUAUUUUGUUCUUGGAAAAACAAACAAAAAAAAAUUGAGAGUGGCUCUCAUUUGUCUUUGGAGAAGUUUGCGGUUUUAUUUUCUGCGGAGCGAAAAUUAACACGCGUGAUUUUUUUUGCGAAGAAGUCCUU